AUGGCCGACGAACCCUCCUACGUCGACUACGAGACCUUCCUCGCGCCCGGCUUCACCCCCGCCUCCUUCGCCAACGCCCUCGUCCUCGCCACCAACAACCCCAACGACACCCCCCUCGACCUCUCGGCGCCCCUCUCGCGCGUCCUCUUCGACGCCCAGGAGCUCGACUCCCACAUCGACCUCCUCACCACCCAGUCGGCCAUCCCGCUCCUCGAGUUCACCCAGACCCAGACGACGGCGAGCCGGCGCAUCGUCGGCGAGCUCGACGCCCAGAUCAAGAGCCUCAACGACAGCUACCGCCAGCUCGAGCGCGAGGUCAUCGACAAGCACGCCGAGGCCGACGAGGUCCGCCACGUCGCCCUGCGCCUCUGGGAGACGCUGCGCCUCGGCCGCUCCGUCGCCCGCUGUCUCCAGCUCGGCCGCCAGCUCGAGGUCCAGCACGCCGAGCUCGCCGGCGACGAGGACCACGGCGCCCUCGUCCGCUGCUCCUACACGCUCCUGUCCCUCCGCGAGGUCAUGGACGCAAAGGCCGUCGGCGACGAGGGCCACGGCCUCGACGGCGUCGACGUCGUCCGCAGCCUGCGCUCGCUCGUCCUCGAGCCCAUCGAGCGCUCCGUCUGCGAGACGGCCGUCCGCUGCGUCCGCGAAUUCUCCAUGCCCGCCGCCGUCACCUUUGUCCAGGCCGAGGAGGCGCGCGCGAGGCUCGAGUCGGCCCUGGCCGCCCUGUUCCUGCUGUCGCCGACGGCCGGCGUCAAGCACGACCGCUGGCUGCCGCGCCUGCUCGUCCAGGCGCUCGACGACUACACGCGCUCGGCCCUCCGCGUCGGCGUCACCUCGCUCUCGCGCUCCCUCGGCCAGCUGCCCUCCCUCGAGCGCUCCCUGGCCGAGGUGACGGCCAAGUGCCAGAACCUCGUCUCCCUCGAGCUCGUCCUCGCGACGACGGAGCCGCCGGCGCACCCGCUCGUGCCCUCGUCGACGACGCACAAGCAUCCGAACCUCAUCCAGCCGCUGCUCACCCACCUCGAGACCGGCUCGCUCGCCUCGCACUUUUGGCGCACCAUGGCCUCGAGCCUCGCCGCCCGCGUCCAGGACAUUGUCGCCCGCGGCGGCGUCGUCGCCCGGACCCUCCGCUCCAACAGGAAGAGCGUCGGCGAGGCGAUACGGCAAGCCGUCGUGCGGGGAUACCUGCUGCCGAGCGCGCUGUCCGGCGCCAAGGGCAAGGGCAAGGCCCAGGAGGUGAACUGGGAUCGCGAGGUCGCCGUCAUGGUCGGCAGCGUCGUGAACAACUUGGGACGAUGA